AUGUGGAUUCUUGACACCAAUGCCGAUUUCUUCCAGGGAAGGCGAAUGUGGCUCAAGCCGGGUCGGAGAUACUUGUUUGGUCGGGUCAAGAAAGAUGGCGUUAUGAUCGCCAUUGAUCACAAAACGGUCUCCCGACAACACUUCAAUAUCACUGUUGACCCGGUCAAAGAGACCGACGUCGGUCAGAUCCACACCCGAACGAAGAUACGGAUUGAGGAUCACUCCAAGACGGGAACGUAUGUGAAUGGCUCGCUGAUCAAGAAGAAGGACCCAAAGAACGAGCAAGAACCGAACCCUUCGAGAGAACUGAAUGAUGUCGAAAUCUCAAUUCGACCAGGGAGCUGUCCAUAUGAGUUCACCCUCACCUGGCGCCCCUGCGUGCUCACUUUCAGCCUCCUCAAGAAAGAGAUCAAGUCAGGACUUCUCAAGGCAAAGCAGGCAAGAGUACAAGAUCUGGAUAUCAAAGCUGUCAGCGAUUUUUCUGCCGAGUACACGACGCAUGUGGUGGCGAACAAGAGGAACACUGCCAAAGGUCUGUUGGCGCUCGUCAACGCCAAGUACCUCGUGACCGAGUCAUAUCUUGAUGCCCUUGACUACGCUGCCACUCCCAUCACUCUCAGCCAGGAGGUGAAUCUCUCUCCGCUGGAAAAUGAUUUCGACAGUGCCUGGCCUCAUCCCAAGGACCAUCUUCCUCCUCCAGGAAAAGAACCGACCAUCAGACCCGCGAAAUCAUAUGAGCCAAACCCCGCGCGACUCAACGUUUUUGAAAAUUACACGUUCGUCUUCGGCGAGCAGACUCAGUAUGACAAUCUGCUCCCGGUUGUAACGAGUGGGCAUGGCAAAGCUUUGCUGUUCAAGGCGGUGGAUUUCGAAACCACAAGUGACGAGCUGAUCCAAUUCUUGCAUAACGUGGCCGGGAAUAAAGCCGGCCGCACUGAAGCUGGAUCAAAAGGUGGUGUCAUCUUGGUUCGGUGGCCUGGAAAGGAGGACGCCCAAGAAUGGACGAACACUCUUAUCAACGAGACUGCUUUGAAAAUGGACCAGCGGGCAAUUGACCAGUCUGAGUUCUUGGACGCUAUUUUGGCAAAUGACGCCGGACUUCUUAAACAACCUAUCCCAUUCGAAAGCACCAGCGAUGGGAGAAUCGCACCACCCCCCUCUGCAACGAAUUCUCUUGUUCCAGGGCAUGCCGGCGACUCCGCAUCUAACGGAGCAGAGGACGCAGCGGCGGCGUUUCAGCCUUCACAAACGUCAGAGCCAAAUGUUUCGCAGGUCAAUGGUGCCGGAGGAAGCGUUGCAAGGCCGCUGUCCUUGCCGAAAGUCUCGCAGUUGACCAAAUUCAAGAAUUUUGACGAUGGAUUUGACCCUGAUGCUGUCGCUGCUUAUGAGGAAGACGAGGUCAUGGAGGAAGAGGCGUACGUCUCCGAACCGGACGCACCAUCCCAGUCACCUGUCGUCAUCAAACAAGAAUCGCCAGCCUCGUCGAGGAAACGACCUCGCUCUCCCACAGAGAAGCCACUCGACACAUUUGCGGAGGAAAUGGACGAUCUCCUCCCUGCAGCUACGGCGUUAAAAAGACGGAAGUUGGCAGAAGCAGCCGCCAAUGGGCGUAGCUUCGAAGCGGAGGACAUUGAACCACGCGCAGCACCUGUGAAGAAGAUUAAAAAGGAGCGAGAAAUCGAUGUCCGCGAAGCCGCCAGAAAACAACGGGAGGAGAAAGAGGCAGCCGCACGGAAAGAGGAAGAAGAGCUUGAGGCCAUGCCGACUUACAUUGAGGACAAGGCACCUGCGAACCUGGUCGACGUGGUCACUGUUGAUCUUCCAGUACGUGAUAGCAUGAAGAAGGCCCACACUAGAGUCAAUGGGGAGCAUGGACCAAACUGGGAUCCCAGGUGGAAUGGCCGCAAGAAUUUCAAGGGUUUCCGCCGCAAAGGCGAUCCGGCCCAGCGAAGAUCCCACGCCAGCAAAGUCAUUGUGCCAUUAGUCGAAGUCCCGAACAAAACUGGUGGACUGGGUGAUCAGUAUUGGUCGAGGACUGAUGAAGAGAAAGAGCGCGAGAGAGAAAGGAGGCGUCGGGAAGAGGCGAGAAACAAACUCACAACGCAGAGUCAGACUCAGGCGUCGAGUGGGACCGUCCGCGGUCACGUCAACGGGAGAUCGAGAACGAGGGUCGUCCUGGACGAGGAUGAGGAAGAAAUCGACCAUGUGAUUGAUCUGGCAGACGAAGACGCUGAGCACGCAUCGGUAUCGGGGACGAACGCGGAGAUCUCUCGUUUGCAGCGCGAAGCAGAGGACAUCGCAGAGCAUGAGAUCGACCCCGACACGCCGAGACGCACCCGUGCCGCGGAUCGCACUCGGCAGGCGAGCGAGAACGCCUCCGAAACGGGAGGAGACGACACGGCGCCGAGAGCGACGCAAUCGCAGAAGGGAAAGAGGGCUGCAACAACCUCCCAUGCCGAGACGAGCCGGCCGAAGCGUCAAAAGACUCUCCCUGUCACGACAGUGCGCGAGGACGACAGCGAGGACAAUGACACUUGA